ACACGAUAUGAAACGAUAAGACGAAAAUCCCUCCAAGUGACUUUUCAUCAUUCCGAUAGUUGAAUUUUGCGCUGUCUUGAAAGCUCACGCGAAUCGUUGCAUCUCCUAUUCAGCCCCGUCGAGAUAAGCUCUGCUCGGAUUUAAAAAAAAAUACGUUUAGUUUAGUUUCUCGAAGAUGACCUCGAAGCUCUUAUCGAUAUCCGACUGGUUUGCAAAUAAAAAUGUUCUCAUUACCGGAGGUACUGGAUUUAUGGGCAAGAUCUUAAUUUUCAAAUUACUUCUGAGCUGCCCCGACAUCGGCGAUAUCUUUUUACUGAUCAGAAAGAAGAAGGGCGUCGAUUCGCAAACGAGGUUGCAUCUCAUACUGCAGCAAGAGCCAUUUAGAAUUCUCAGAGAACAACACCCAGAACGACUGAAGAAACUGAUAGUGAUAGUCGGUGAUACAACCGUGGAGGGACUCUCACUGUCUACCGCGGACAACAAACGCGUCACAAGCCGAGUUUCUGUCAUUUUUCACAUGGCAGCUAAUGUCAAAUUCGAUCUGUCACUGAAAACCGCUGUCAAAGAAAACACUGUAGGCACUGUUAAUGUAGUCACACUAGCGAAACAGAUGCCUCUGUUGGAAUCAUUUAUUCACAUUUCAACAUCUUUUUGUCAAUGCGGAGAAUCGGUAUUGGAAGAACGUACUUAUCGAACUAGCAUCUCACCAGAAAAUGUUAUUCAUAUGGUCAAUACAAUGUCGGAACAAGAAUUGGAGUUAAUAAAACCACAAUUGUUGCGCGAUCAACCGAACACAUAUGCCUACAGUAAGGCACUCAGUGAAGACUUUGUGUCGAGAUGUGGCCUACCUGUAGGCGUCAUUCGUCCAUCGAUAGUGGCAGCAUGUUGGAAAGAACCGGUGCCUGGCUGGGUGGACAACAUGAAUGGCCCGACUGGAUUAAUGAUUGGUGCCGGAAAGGGAGUCAUACGAUCUAUGCUCUGCAAUGCCGAUUACUUGACCGAUUUAGUACCUUGCGACAUGGCUGUAAACGCAACGAUUGUUCUGUCAUGGCAAGUCGGAUCGGAGAAGUCCGCCAAACCGUUGUUCUUAAACGCCACGGCAAAUCACGAGAAUCAAAUUAGCUGGGGUGAUGCUUUAGAAAUUGGAAAGAAACACGUGAUUGCAAAUCCCUUCUCACAACCGCUUUGGUAUCCUGGUGGAAGAAUAACUUCUUCAAAGAUUCUACAUUGGCUUGCCAUCAUAUUGAUGCAUAUCAUACCCGCUUAUCUAUUAGAUACUCUACUUAUUCUCACCGGGAACAAGCCUUUCCUGGUGCGAGUGCAAGGUAGAGUGAGCACCGGAUUAGAAUUGCUUCAAUACUAUACCAUGAAGCAAUGGGUCUUCCGCAACGACAACCUGUUGGACUUGCAACAUCGACUAUGCCCGUCGGAUAGAAAAACAUUCUUCAUGGAUACGAAGUUUCUCUGUUGGAAUGAUUAUUUGUUGGCGUAUAUUUUAGGUGCACGACAAUACUGUUUAAAAGAAGAUCCUUCAACGCUGCCUCGCGCGAGAAAGAUUGUUUUCUCGCUUACAAUGGAGCAGAACAAGAUCGAUGACAUACCGGACAGAGUAGCCGCAACUUUAGCUGGUCGGCGGAUAUUAUUGACAGGUGGCACAGGAUUUUUGGGAAAAGUGCUAAUUGAAAAGUUUCUACGAUGUCUACCGGACAUAGGACAUCUUUAUGUGCUCAUCAGAUCGAAAAAGGGCCACGAUCCCAAAUAUCGAAUGCAAGAAAUACUUAAUUCCGCACUUUUCGAGAAGGUCAGGGCUCAAAGAGGAUUGCCGGCGCUUGAGAAAUCAGUGACGGUUGUUAGUGGAGAUAUGUCCGUGCUAGGGCUCGGAUUAUCCGCCGAAGAUAGAAAGAUGCUUUGCGAAAAUGUCGAAAUCGUGUAUCAUGGAGCAGCUACCGUCAGAUUCGACGAGCUGUUGAAGAAGGCUGUAUUAUUAAAUACACGUGGCACAAAGCAAAUGAUAGAGCUGGCCAAAGAAAUGAAGCAUUUGGUUUUAUUUGUUCAUAUAAGCACUGCCUACUGUCAUCUCGAAGAAAAAGUUUUGGGCGAGAAAACGUAUCCUCCGCCUGCGGAUCCUCAUCAGAUAAUCAAGUGCGUCGAAUGGAUGGAUGAUAAUGUGGUCGAGGCCAUGACGGACAAGAUCUUGGGCAAACUACCCAAUACUUAUGCUUUCACGAAAGCCUUGUCGGAAGGCCUCGUUGAAGAAUCUAUGUCACAUAUACCAUCGAUAAUUUUGAGGCCAAGCAUAAUUAUUCCUAUAUGGAAGGAGCCGAUUCCUGGUUGGACGGACAACAUCAACGGACCUACAGGACUCUUAAUCGGUGCUGGAAAGGGUGUGAUCCGAACGAUGUAUUGUAACGAAACUAGUUACGCCGAUUAUGUACCUGUUGACAUUGCCUGUAACGCUAUUCUUCUCAGCACGUGGAAUUUUCUUUAUUUCAAGGAAUACGACAAACGAGUUUAUAAUUUCACGAGUAGCACCGAGUUUAAGAUUUCCUGGGCGGAAAUAAUAGAACGCGGCCGAAAAAUAAUGCAUCGGGUACCUCUAAACGGAAUUGUGUGGUACCCGGGUGGUAGCAUGAAGAAAUCACGAUUUUGGCACAAUGUCUGUGUUCUGUUCUUUCACUUGAUACCGGCCUACAUCAUCGACAUACUACUUUUUCUGCUCGGUUAUAAACCUGUCCUGUGUCGUGUACAUCGCCGUAUCAUGAAAGGAUUCGAAGUUCUUGAGUAUUAUGGCAAUAAUCAGUGGGAUUUCGUUAACAAUCACGUUUUGGACAUAAGAAAGAAAAUAAACGAAACAGAAAAGAGAUUAUAUCAAGUGCAUGGCGAUGACAUGGAUAUAGAUGCAUACUUCGAAGAUUGCAUUCGAGCUGCCAGAAUUUAUAUUUUGAACGAACCCCCGGAAACUUUGCCGGCCGCUCGUCGACAUUUAAGAGUUAUGUAUUGGGUGGAUGUAUUUGCGAAGAUCCUUUUCUUCGGGCUCAUCAUAUACAUGCUGGCAUCCUGGUACGGAAGUUUGAGAACAUUGUUCACAGACAAUGCAAUGCGCGCAUAGGAGCAUCGUAAGACUAGGAUCGAUAAGAGAAAAUUCAAGCCAACUUCAAAUUGAUUAUGAAAAUCGCCGAAAGCGCGAAAUUCCACAUUUAGAUUUAUAAAUCAUAUCUAUCAUUAAAUAAAUAAAUCUUUUGUGUCUAUGUAUAAGUCCGUAACAAGCAGGGCUGGGCAAAAUAUAUCAUUAAGUAUUUGAAAUACAAAUACAAAAUACUGUCAAUCUUAGUCAGAGCUGGACCAAAUACAUCAUUAAGUAUUUGAAAUACAAAAUAUAAAAUACUAUCAA